GCAUAGCAUCAUACAAAUAUGUUUUGUCAUUUCAUUUAAAGACAUUAUUCUAUGUGAAUAUAGUAAAAACAAUGGUAAAGAAUCCCAUAUUGUUGCGCUCUAUAUACUACUGUGCAUUCUUAGGAAAUUAAUGUUUACCUCGGUGAGUCAAAGCCUUGUCUGGCUGGCGUCAUGUUUAUGAUACUAAAUUGUGUUUGAAUCGAAUGAAGUUAUGGCAUUUGGGCUUGUAAAACGUUCCAUGUUGAAAGUAAUACACAGUAUUCGCCCGAUCUUCAACUCUUGAUCUUGAUAUUUUGCACUUUUAUUAAAUGAGUGUUCCCUUACUACAUAAGUAAAUCCGUAAUAGAACAGAAUAAUGCUUGUUUCUAUGAGAAAAAUAACAGUUCAGACCUUUGGUAUAAAAAGGGAAAUCAACUAUCUAAAUUAAAAGGGACAUUUUUCUGCCCUAGAGAAAAAUGCAAAACACAUGUCCUUGAGCCUGUAAAAAUAUUAUUUUAGCUUUGGUGUCAGGGUAUAAUGCCCUGAAAACUGGCAAAUCCAUUUUGAUUGACAGUCUGUUCUCAUGUUACGUUAGGAUUAAAAAAACAAAUGCUAACAGGCAGUUAAUAUUGAAUGAAGCUUAACUGAGAGGUGGGGUAGGUGUAGGAUACAUAAUCUUGAGAAGUUUGUCUUGAGCUGCUGUUGUUGUAAGAUCUACAAGUGGCAACUGUUGCUAAGGGUCACAUUACCAGAGUAACCGGUGAUUGUUUACUUGCAAUGUGGCAGACUUUCUGUGGGCUAAACUGCUGACAGACCAUGUGAUUUCACCUGUGUCGUGUCUCUGCUUCAGUCUGUGGGUUGCUGUUUGUCUCGGCCUUGCCUUUGGAGUACAAGCUUGAGCGCACAUGACAGGAGAGGAACAGGCUGAGUGGGUUUUCAUGGAGUCUGGCUGUCCCUGUGUGUGACACUGGAGCUACAGUGUCACUUCACAUCAAAGAAAGGCUCUCCAAUGUUGAAACAUUUUCAGCUAUCUGCACGAGCAGAUUUCAUGCCUUCUGAGUGCUGGGUGAAGCCCUGCAAUGAAGGCCCGGCAGAGGGGAGCAAACUUCAGAAGCUACAAGGGGAAAAUGUAGAGAAGGAGGAAGUGAAGGCUCCCUGCGGGGACAAUGCACCUGCAGGAAGCCUAGGGGUCGGAAGGAAGGAAGUAGCAUCAGAAGGCGGACACGAGCAUGUUCAAAAGGAGGAGACGCAGACAAAGGAAAAGAGGAAGACAUUUUCUCAUUUGACUUUCAACCAGGAACAUCCAUAUAGAGGUUCAGGUGUGGGCCUUGUGGAGCGCCGCCGUAGAUCUUUCCCCAGGGAGUUGUUGACCUGCUCCUACCCAGACAGGGACAGGCAGCGGCAGGUAAAGGAGCCCCGGGGGCCUGGGCCUUUCUACUUCGUCGGAGGAGCCAAUGGGGCUGAAAUAGUGAGCCGUUACUGUGAGAGCAGAGGAUGGAAGAGGAUUUACAACAAGAACAGGGAGGAUUUCAAACUCAAGUGGUGUGAGACCAAGUCACCAGCCAACUACAUUAACUUCAGAGAAGGUGAACAGUUGGUGUACCAGAUCCCCAACAACAAGUUGCUCACCACUAAGAUCGGCCUCCUCUGCAGCCUGCGGGAGUACGAGCGAGUCAGCAGCAAAGUCAAACACGGAGCAGGACUGAGGAGGCUAAAAAUGGAAGAGUUUAUUCCCACUACCUUCCGCAUGGAUGUGAGGGAAGAGAGGGAGGCUUUCUUCUCCCAGCAGGAGGGGGUGAGCAACAAUGAGGGUCACAUGUGGAUCUGUAAGCCCACGGGUCUGAACCAGGGGAAAGGGAUCUUCCUGCUGAAGAGCCAGGAGGACGUGGUGUCCUUCAGAUUGAAGCUGCAGCACACGGAGGACAGCCAGGCCAACAGGAAGAUGCUCCAGCGCCCGCCUCAGGCUCGCAUUGUCCAACAUUACAUCCAGAGGCCGCUGCUCCUGAAAGGGAAGAAGUUUGAUGUGCGCUCUUACCUUCUGAUCGCCUGCACCGCACCUUACAUGGUUUUCUUUCGCCAUGGAUAUUUGCGACUGACCUGCGACCCGUACGACCCAAGUUCUGACAACCUGUCUGCCCACCUGACCAAUCAGUACAUGCAGAAGAAGAACCCUCUGUACAGCCAGCUGAAGGAGGACACUGUUUGGACCAUGGAGAGUUUCAACACCUACGUCAACAACAGGUUUCGGGUUGCCAAGGGUCUGCCCAGGGACUGGGUGAUGGGCGCCUUUGCAGAACGCAUGCAGCAGAUCAUGAUGCAGUGUUUCCUAGCAGUAAAAUCCAAACUAAACUGCAGACUGGGCUUCUUUGACUUGAUUGGAUGCGACUUUAUGGUUGAUGAAGACUUCAAGGUGUGGCUGUUGGAGAUGAACUGUAAUCCAGCUCUCCACACCAACUGUGAAGUGCUGAAGGAGGUGAUACCGAGCACCGUUCAGGAGACACUUGAUUUAACUCUGGAGAUCUUCAACAAGUGUCGCCUCAAGCAGAGGAUUCUUCCUUUGGCCAGUCAGAGGGACUUUGUGCUGCUUUACAACAAAGUGGCUCCUACUGAUUCACUGCUGGGCUGCAGCAAGAGCAACAAACAUGUUGAACUCCAUCAGAAAAGCUCCAAAAAGAUUGAACACAGAAUAUGUAAAUCAAAGACUGAGGACAAAACGGUCCCCUCACCAUCCCCUGAUGAAGUCUCUGGGACUGGUCAAGGACGGGGGAGAUCAAAGUCUGGCCAGCGCUCCUCCAUCUUGGUUCAGGGGCCUCCACAUUUACACAGCAGCAGCAUGCAGACUGUUAAAAUUAAGAACCCCAGCCCUCGGGUCAAAUUAAAGCCGAGCAAAUGUACUUUGCAACAUCAUUCAAAAGCUUUGGAUGACGGGAAGCAGCAGCGGAAGAGAAAGAUCAUCAUGUCGCUGUUGUCACCAGGCAUCCUCGUCCGUGGAUCACCAUUCCCACCUGGUGCUGGAUCUCCUGUGAGUGGGAACAAACAGGAAGAAAGGCUCAGAGAGGACAACAAAGUUUAUGACAGGAAAUUGGAACUGUGAUGCAUCAUAUGCAAACAGCUGGGAUCUAAAAGCCACUUCUGAAAAAGAGUUUAAAAAAAAGGAUCCACGCUUCUGUUGCUGUUUGACUGUGAUAAAUACAUUUUGAAAUGUGACAACGAAGAAUAAAUUAAUGCUAAGUAGGUUCAUUUCAUUGUUGCUUUCAAGUUUCAAGGUUUUAUUGGUCAUAUGCACAGCAUAUACAACUUAUAUGUUGGCAAUUAAAAUCUUAUGUCCCAGGCUCCUCCAACAACUCAACAUACAUGGUGCAAAUAAGAUAAAUAAAAUAGUGCAAAAAGAGAGAAGAAUAUUUACAAUAACAACAAUAAAGAUUUGAGGAUGUGAAAUAUAUACAUAUGUGGAAUACAUUGAGAGUAUUUAAAUACUUUACACUGUUGAAUGAGGAGGUAUGGACAGAUGCAUAUAUUAUGUAUAACAGAUGUAUAUGGCAGAUAUGUAUAAUAUAUAGAUAUGUGUACUAUAACCAGAUAUGUAUGGCAGAUGUGUAUAAUAUAUAUGUGUACUAUAAACAGAUGUGAGUAGACAUUCACAGAGCUCAGGAGUUCAGCAGUCUUAUAGCCUGUGGUAUAAAACUGUCUCUGAGUCUGGUGGUCUUGGUCCGGAUGCUGCGGUACCAUCUGCCAGACGGCAGCAGACAGAACAGACUGUUGCUGGGGUGAUGGGGGUCCUUUAAUAUCCUACUGGCCUUCUUCCUACACCGCUGGGUGUAGAGGUCCUCCAUGGAUGGCAGCUCCGUCCUGGUGAUGUGCUGAGCAGUUUUCACCACCCUCUGUAGAGUCUUACGGUUGAGGGCGGUGCAACUGCUAUACCAGGCGGUGAUGCAGCCAGUCAGGAUACUCUCGAUGGUGCACCUAUAGAAGUUGCAGAGUAUCCUGGAGUCCAUGUUGAACUUCCGCAGCCUGCGGAGGAAGAAGAGCCGCUGUCGAGCCGUCUUGGAUAUGACCCUGGUGUGAUGUGUCCAUGUCAGGUCCUCACUGAUGUUUACCCCGAGAAACCUGAAGCUGCUGACUCUCUCCACAGGAGUCCCGUCGAUGGUGAUGGGUGUGUGUGCCUCUCUCUGCCUCUUCCUGUAGUCCACAAUCAGCUCCUUUGUUUUGCUGACGUUGAGAUGGAGGUUGUUGUCCUGGCACCAAGAUGUCAGGGCUCUGACCUCCUCUCUGUACGCCGUCUCAUCGCCGUCUGUGAUCAGGCCGAUGACGGUCGUGUCGUCAGCAAACUAAAAUUGUUGCUUUGUAUAUUAUUUCAUAAUAAAGAUCUUUAAUUUCAA